AUGGCUGACGCUGGACGCGGACGUGGUGGAUUUGGGCGUGGACGUGGUGACAGAGGACGGGGCCGCCGAGGUCCCCGCCGCGGUGGUCGCAAGGACGAGGAGAAGGAGUGGGUUCCCGUCACUAAGCUCGGUCGUCUUGUGAAGGACGGCAAGAUCAAGUCCAUGGAGGAGAUCUAUCUCUUCUCUCUGCCUGUCAAGGAGUUCCAGAUUGUCGACUUCUUCCUGCCCAAGCUGAAGGAUGAGGUCAUGAAGAUCAUGCCCGUCCAGAAGCAGACCCGUGCCGGUCAGCGCACGCGCUUCAAGGCGUUCGUUGCGAUCGGUGACUUCGAAGGCCACGUUGGCCUUGGGGUCAAGUGCGCGAAGGAAGUUGCCACUGCUAUCCGCGGCGCCAUCAUCCUCGCCAAGCUGUCCGUUGUCCCCGUCCGACGUGGGUACUGGGGUGCUGCGCUCGGUGAGCCGCACACCGUGCCCUCGAAGGUCAGCGGGAAAGUCGGCUCUGUCAUGUGCCGACUCAUUCCCGCGCCAAGAGGUACCGGUCUCGUUGCUGCUCCCGCAUCAAAGCGAUUGCUGCAGCUCGCUGGUGUUGAGGAUUGCUACACGCAGUCGAAGGGUUCGACAGCGACAAUGGGUAACUUCUUGAAGGCGACGUUUGCUGCUAUCACAAAAACAUACGCUUUCCUCACCCCCGACCUCUGGCGCGAGAUCCCCGUCUCGAAGUAUCCCUACGACGAGCACAGCGCACACCUUCAGCUCCAGAGCAAGAAGGCGUACUAG